CGAGGGGAGUGAGGCGGAGGAGACAGAGCAGAGAGUUCCACUGGAGGCAGAAAAUACUUUGAUUUUCGUCCGCGUUUUCUCUUAAAAGACGGCCGUCAUGAUCACAUCAAAACUUCCCAUCGAUCUAUUUUUAAAACGGAAAUGUCUACCGUCAAGCCCGACAGCCUCGUUUUAACACCACUAUGGAUACGUUACGGUGAAAGAAGAAGUUAAAAACUUCCCCAUUCUCCGAUCCUCGGAGCGCAGCACAAUGGACUCCAGACAGAGGAAGCGCUCCGGAGGAGGGAGGCUGUGGGAGCUCUGCUUUUAUUUGGCUUGCCUCUCCAGUGCGUCCGCUCAGCUCAGCUAUUCUGUGUCGGAGGAACUAAACCCGGGCUCUGUCGUUGGGAAUAUCGCGAAAGAUUUGAGCCUCACUGCUCAGGGGAUUGUUCAGAGGAGGCUGCGGGUGGUCUCGGAAUCCACGACUCAGUAUUUUGAGGUAAAGCAGGCGACCGGAGAUUUGGUCAUUAAACAAAAAAUUGACAGAGAGCAAAUGUGCGAAUUAAGCUCAGCAUGUUCACUACACCUCCAAGUCCUUCUGGAGAAUCCUUUAGACAUUCAUCGCGUCGUGGUGGACAUCCUGGACGUGAAUGACAACGCGCCGCAGUUUUCAACCAGCAACAUUUCCCUGGAGAUAUCAGAGGCGGCCGCGCCGGGAACACGGUUCCGUUUGGAGAGCGCGCACGACCCAGACGUGGGGACCAACUCGUUACGCACGUAUCAUCUCGCAUCAAAUGACUUCUUUGUUUUGAAUGUGGAAACUAAAAGUGAUGGCAGCAAGUUUCCAGAGCUCGUGGUGGAUAAAGCUUUGGACAGGGAGACGCAGGCCUCGUUUCGCCUGUUGCUCACUGCUGUAGAUGGGGGUCAGCCGGAGAAAUCUGGCUCGACACUCCUGCUCAUUAAAGUUCUGGAUGUAAAUGACAACGCGCCCGUCUUUGACGAGCCGGUUAAGAAAGUUAGACUAUUAGAAAAUGUUGCACGGGGCACUUUAGUAACGAAACUGAACGCGACUGACGCGGAUUCAGGUAACAACGGGGACAUAUCCUUCUUGUUUAGUAAAUACACACCGGAACGCGUUCUGAACCUUUUCAGUGUGGACUCUAAGAGCGGGGAGAUCCGCGUAAAGGGUGAUGUGGAUUAUGAGAAAGCCGCUGCAUACCAUAUCACAGUGCAGGCCAGAGAUGGCGGCUCUCCCGCUAUGGAGGGCUCCUGUAACGUCAUCGUGGACAUCGUUGAUGUGAAUGACAACGCUCCAGAGGUGACACUGACGUCACUGACCAGUUCUAUCAGCGAGGACUCAGCACCAGAGACUAUAAUAGCGCUCUUAAGUGCACGGGACCUGGACUCCGGUGAGAAUGGGAAGGUUACAUUAACUGUCCAACCAGGUUUGCCAUUCAAACUUAAUUCAGCUUUUGGCAUGCAUUACAGCCUCACCACUGCUGGAAAGCUGGACCGUGAGACUGUCCCAGAGUACACAGUGGUCAUCAAGGCCACUGAUGCUGGAUCCCCUCCCCUUUCAUCACAAACCACCUUUGUGGUGAAGCUCUCUGAUGUAAAUGACAACGCCCCCACCUUCUCUCAGCCCUCUUACUCUGUGGACAUCCCAGAGAACAAUGCUCUCAGUGCCCCCAUCGCUGCUGUUUCAGCCACCGACCCAGACCUCGGUGACAACGCUCGCAUAUCCUACUCAAUCCUUCCCGGCAUGGUUCAGGGCUCACCCAUCUCUUCUUAUGUCUACAUUAACCCAGAGAGCGGCCACAUCUACAGCAUGCGCUCUCUGGAUCAUGAACAGCUUAAUGCUUUCCGUAUUGAGGUGCAGGCCCGGGAUGGAGGUGUGCCCUCACGGACAGCCAACGUCACUGUGCACGUGUUUGUGGUGGAUGUGAAUGACAAUGCACCAGUGAUUGUACACCCUUCCUACCCAAAAGACAAAAGAUUACAACUCACUGUGCCCCCCUCUGCCGGCCCAGGGCACCUCAUAAAUAAACUUGUUGGGGUGGAUGCAGACAGUGGGCACAAUGCGUGGUUGUUUUACUCCAUCGCCCCUGGACCAAAUGCUGGCAUGUUUCGUAUUGGGGCGCACACCGGUGAGCUCCGCACGGCCCGCAAGUGGGCCGAGGAGGAAGGGGGGUCAACUUAUGACAUCAUGGUCAUCAUUCAGGACAACGGUGACCCGCCAAAGUCCAGUUCUGUGAACAUUACAGUAACCGUGGAUGAGAAGGGCACGGCCAACGAUGCUCCAGCAAGUCCUCGCCACACACCCUUCUACCACCGCGCUGGGAUGUCAGACAUCACCCUGUACCUCAUCAUCUCUCUAGCUUGUGUGUCGGCUGUGUCCUUCAUCACCUUUGCCGUCCUCAUGGUACGCUGCCUCAGGCACCGUGGCCCAGGGCUUGGAGGCUCUGACUGCUGCUGCUAUGGUCGCCACAGGUCCAGCCGCUACCAUCAGAGACCCAGCAAGGACCUGCACCUGCAGCUCAAUACUGAUGGACCCAUACGCUAUAUGGAGGUUGUUGGAGGCCCCCAGGAGCCGCACACACGCACCUAUAGGCCCUGCUACUCCACCAUAUCCAGCCGGAGUGACUUUGUAUUUAUGAAGACACCCAUGCUGAGUCACAACAACACACUCAACAUGACACUCAGCAGGAAGCACCUUAUGAACUCAACCAUUGAGCAAAAGCCCCCCAACAAUGACUGGCGCUUCACACAGGGACAGAGACCUGGACCUAGCGGGGCAACUGGAGGACCUGAGGUUGCCAUGGGAACUGGCCCCUGGCCCCAACCCCCAACUGAGGCUGAGCAGCUCCAAGCCCUGAUGGCUGCAGCUAACGAAGUGAGCGAGGCUACGGCCACCCUGGGACCCGGCACCAUGGGCCUCAGCACCCGCUACAGCCCCCAGUUCACCCUGCAGCACGUGCCCGACUAUCGCCAGAACGUCUACAUCCCCGGCAGCACCGCCACCCUCACCUCCAACCCCCAGCAGCAGCAGGCCACGGCCCAGCAGGCCACCCAGCAGGCGCUGCCCCCGCCCCAGGCCUCGGCCCAGCCCGAGCCCCCGAAGGCCGCCCAGACCCCUGCCUCCAAGAAGAAGUCCACCAAGAAGGAGAAGAAGUAGAGUCGGAUGGAGAGAGGUGGAGGAAUGAUAAACCCGGCCUGAUCUGAUGAGAAAUUCAACCCCCCAUACCCUUCCCAUUAGGUAUCUUACUGCUCUGCUGUCACUCAUGCCAGCCACAGUCUAAAUAAUGACAGCAAAUCACUUUUGACCACGUGGACGAUGUCGAUGGUUCUUUGAAAGAGUGUCUUGAAGAAUCUGAAUGUGCUGAAGGCUGUUACUGGUGUCAAUAACCCGUGUUGUGCUAAAGGUCAAAUACUGCUCACAUAAUCUUUGUCGGUGGAUAAUUUUGGCAGGGUAUGGGGGGUUAUAGUGAUUUCAUUUUGUUUGUUUUUUUCUUUUGGCAAAAUCAAAUGAACUUGGACAAAGAGAUUCAGUGUAAGGAACCUUGCUGGGAUGACAAGGCUAUACGCAGUCAUGUAUUCAGAGAUGAAAAUUGUUAGUGUCUUUCAUGUUGGAUUUAUUGUGCUCUUUCCCUGAGGUGGAAAGUCAGCUAUUGUAAAGUGCGCUAGUUGCCAUCCAUUAGAUUCCUAUAUAGGGUCAGCCUUGCAGGGUCUUAAAGCACAAGUCCUGUGGAUAUAAGGCUGUUGUUUGACAGGUAUUACAAACUCUUCUGCAUGCUCUUUAAGGUUAAAACCACAUAUACUAGUUUAGAGUUGCAAACUAUGCAUUGCAAAAGCAAAGAGGAGGACAUCCUGAAUCCGUUAUCCUCCCUCCAAUCGCAGGUCAAUAUAAUGCACAUGUAGCAUUUACUUGACACAAAAUGAAAAUUACUUUUGUAAUGAUAGUUUAAAAAAAAAAAAAACUGAAAGAUUGAAAUCGUCUGAUAUUUUUAUGACCUGAGCAUGCACCCAGAGGAAGGGCUGGCAGAGGCUGGGUUGGCGUGGCGUGGCGGGGCGUUGUGUCAUGUAGUCACGAGCCAUGCUGUCCAUGCAGGUGGUGUAGCAGCAGGGACUGGCUUCUUGUAUAACACCUCCAGAUGGGCACAAACAUGUCGCGCUGCCCUGCACCCUCUACCCUCCCUUCUUCACACCCAGCUUGUGUCCUCCCCUCACUCACCACCCCACAUUGAGAGCCAAACAAAGAGAAAUGCACUGUUCGUAUACUGAUGAUGAGAUGAUGUAGGGGUAGUAAUCACUUCGGGCUUUAGGGAAACACGUAGAUGUGGUAAAGUUAAGUGCUUAGGAGUUUCUAGACACUUUGCAAGCCGCUAGAGUAUUUUCCCCUCACUAUCCUGAAGUGCUGAAGAAACUUCUUGAUGUGGCACAUUAACAUGUCUGUCUUUGGGCGAUAACAAUUUGAUAGCAUAGAGGAAUUGUUUGUAUAAGAUAUGAAGUCUUUACUUUGCCGUCCAUCUGUCUGUCAGGCCUCUUGGCCAGAUACAACUGCAUGAGAAAAGGCAGCUUUCAGGCUGGGUCAGGGGGAGUGAAGGGGGUGUGGUGAGGCGUACACAGACUGAGGUGGCACCAUUACAUCAACCAGGGGGGUGGGGGAAACGACCUUGGCUCUACCCACUGAAUGUACAGCGGAACCACUGUUGACCCGCCCACCCCUUAAACUUUCUUAAUGCACUGACCCAGGUAGAGAUCAACAGAGCCAAGCGCAGCCGUCCCUGUCAGUGAGGAGAUACCACUCGAGAGUCCUUUGAAAUAUUCCUCCGCCUUUGAAAUCAAUGGGAAACCUUAGCCUCUCUGCCGCUCACCUCUCCCCUCCACUCCCUGGUCCUGUGAGGCUCUUCUCCCACUGUAAAUAAACACAAGUCCUGUCGAUGGUAUGAGCCAGUUGUUUGUAAAGUAGGGACCACGUCCAACAUUUUCAAAAUAAAAGUCCCUCUCCACAAGGCGUGGCUUACUACUGGAAUGUGUUGCAUUUUGUUUUUCAAGAAAAAUGAGAAAACCACAGUUUAAAAAAAAAAAAGAAACAAUAAUGAAUAAAAAUCUGAGAUGUUCUUCAACAGUUUGUGUUGCAA